UUCCCCUUUUGGGCAGCUGCUGCUUUUUCGGCAAUCGCCGCCGCUGCUGGACAAAUUAUUGAGAUUCCAGCAACCACUGAAAGGGAGAGGUUCCUGAGCAGGAGGGAUGAGCUGACUUCGUCACAGGAUGCUAGGCAGAGACAAUGCAUGCUGAGCGGUUGAUAUGACUCGAAGACUUAUCUCUCAUGUCGCUGCUCAGUUUUGCCCCCUUUUGCAGGCUACCAUCCCCAUCAGCAGUAUAUCCCCAGUGCCACACUCAUAACGCCGCUGGCUGCCACCUCCCCCUACCUGGCCCUCCCUCCUCUCUCGGAUCCGAAGUGGGUCCAACCCAACCGCGUACCAGCUGCCUUUUCUUGUCGUUCUCCACACCUCUUUCAUUCUCUAGGACAAUCGACCCUAGCAUUCUAAGCUCGGACCGACUUUCAUUGCAUGUCUCACACACCAACAGGGCAACCGGGUAAUGCCCCUCUACCACCAAAUUCAACGACAGCGACUGCCACUCAAGACAAGAAGCCUACGCUCACAGGAGUGAGAAUCAAACAGCGUAAAGGACAAGCCAAAGCGACAGCCAAGUUUGAACCAGAGGCCUUCCGAGACGCUCUUCUGCUCCACCUAGCUCUCCUCCCUUCACCUUUGACCACGGAUGCACUCGUCGCGAAACUCGUUCAAGCUGGAUCCACAUUAGAGUUUCUGAAAUAUUACGAACAGCUCUUUGAGCUCCUGUUUGUCGGAGGUCUUCUUCAACCAGGUGGAUCAUACCUUGACGACAAACGCUCCCCAGUUUACAUCCUGAAAGAUGUCAACGAUGGAGAGUCUGCCACCGGCGACGAUUCGUGGAAGGAUAGCGUCAAGGGUGUCGUUGAAACGCUUAAAAAGGUGAUUCAGAGGUACAAGUACCUUCAGAAACCUCUCGAAGAGAACUUUUUACCCGAUCUGUUCGGAUACUUGCCAAAGUGGGAUCCUGCACAGAGAGCCAAAUUGGCAGAAGCGACCGCUCUGCUCAUUCUUGACCUUCAAAUCUCUCCUCGAUGCUUGUCUUCUUUGACGAAAGAACACGUCGUCAAGGAUGAAGUGGCUUUGGACUUCCUCACCGCCUUUUCUAGACACUACUUGGCCAGGCAAAACGUGGAGCAUUUGGGACUCACUCUCAGACGAAGUGGACUUAAAGAUAUCCUCCUCGUCUUUCCUUUCCAGACACGGGAUAGGAAACAUCUGGAAGAUCACUUCAAGAAGGAGAAUCUGCCUCAGGUCAAUGAAUGGUAUGCCAAGCUCGCCAUGGGAGAAGCCAAGGACGAGACGGUUCUCAACAUUGAGAGGAUGAUCACAGAGGAAGAGGGCAAUGAGCAGAUCAUUGAAUACCUCAAGACUCAAAAGUCGGACAACUCUGCGAAUGAUGCGCAAAUUACAGAGUGGAUCUGGCAAGCAUUAAUGAAGACGGUCGAUUGGACCGCUCGUCCGGACCAGAUUGAUCAGACUGUCGUCCAGCACGUUCAGGCUCAUGCACCCAUCAUCGAAGCAUUCUGCAAUGGCGCCAAGGCCGAAGUCGGUCUCAUCAACGCUGUUCAAGUAUACUGCUACACCGAUACUCGGAUUAUCAAGUCUUUCCCAUCCAUCCUCAAGGUCUUGUACAACACAGAUUGUAUUUCUGAUCAAGCCAUCAUAUACUGGCAUCAAAAGGGAGCCAAACCCCAAGGAAAGCAGCACUUUCUCAAGGCGACGGAGGGAUUGGUCAAGUUCCUCGAAGAACAAGACGACUCGGAGGAGGAAGAGUAGGCUUGUUAGUAUGGCCUCACGCCUCGGUCGAUUCAUCAUCAUGUUCAGAAUGUAUGACCUCUUUUGCAUGGG